AUGGAUGCACUGCUACCGAUUCCAAACGGAGGAGCUGGACAGCACACCGGUCUCAGCAGAAACGCGCUCGCAAUCACAGGUCCUUUCUUUCGAACGCAACUUGGCAAUAAAGACAAGACAACAAGAAGCGAGGAUAAGCUCAUUUUUCCCUCUGCACUGAUCUGGGAAUAUUUUCGUGUGGAAACGCUUUAUGUGGCAUGGCACCAUUACGUUCGAUAUGUUUCAACAACUGGACAGGUGCUAAUCGCUGCAUCCACGCUGCUCAUAGUGUCGGCGUCAUUUGAACGAUAUAUUUGCUCACUUCAAUCCACAUCCGGCUUUGAACCGAGGAGACGUUUAGCAGUCAUUUCAGUGGUGCUCUUUAUGGCACUAGUGAUGAAGGGCUCUGUAUUUUUCGAAUUAGAGAUGCAGACUCUUCCGCAUUGUCCGAUGUUCACGAAUCUGCGGCUUGACUUGGCUGAAAUUACUCGCAGUGAAUCCUAUAAAACGAUAUGGAUGUUCUUGGUGCCGGAACUUUCUUAA